AUGACAACAAAUUGUCCAUCAUUUGUUCGACAUCAAUCACUUGAAGCAACUCAAGUUAUACCAUUAUUUGAUUCCACAACAACAACAUUUACAUCAACACCACCAUUUAAACCUAAAGCUGGCGAAGUUUAUGUUAUGAAACUUGACAUUGGUCAUGAAAAUGAUUGGCGUAGUGAUGGAUAUCGUUGGGUUCAAAUAGCAGCACGACGUUUACCAACACAUAAUCCUGUUAUAAAAAAAUGUUAUUUUCAUGCUGGACAAAAAAAUAAAAAGAAAAGUAAAGAUUUUGAAAAACAAGCAUUUGUAUCAUUAGUUGAUCCAUCGAAAGUUGUUGUACAAUAUCUUGGUGAUGAAAAUGUUGCUGAAGAAUUUCCACAUGGAAAUUCAAAAAAAAAUACGAAACCAUUUUUUCGUACACGUCCAUCAUUACUUAAUAAACUUAUAUCAGAAGCAGCAUCAAAUGCUGAAACAGCACAAAUAUUUAAACAAUAUACAUCAAAUAAUUCACAUUCACAUGAUGAUGAUGAUAAUGAUGAUGAUGAUGAUGAAGAAGAAUCAACAGUUAAUAAUUCAAUGGAAACAGAAGAAACAGUUGAUGAUCAUGAUGAUAAAAAACCUUCUAUUAUUAAAACAGAACCAAAAAAACCUAAAAUAGGACCUGAAGUAUUAUCACAACCACGUAAUAUUGAACAAAUACGUAAUGUUAAAAGACGUUUAGCACGUCGUCUUGUUGCAUCAGCUGAUGAAAUAUCAGAAUUAUAUCGUUUUGCACGUGAAACACCAAAUUAUAUUGUUCGAUUUACAUUAAUACCAAAUAUUGUUGCUAUUGCUUUUUCAAAUGAAUCAAUGCAUGAAUUUAAUUUAUUAUUAGAGCAUCCGGAUCUUUUAUCACAACAACAAGUACUUAUUACAUUUGAUUCAGCAUAUACAAUUAAUGCCUUUCAUGUUACAUGUGUUUUUUACCGACAUAUUGGUAUGAAAGAAGAACCAUGUAUUUUACUUGGUUGUGCAUUACAUAAUCGUCGUUCAGAUGAUGUUUAUGAAUAUAUUUUAACACAUUUAAAACAACAAUGUCCAAAUAUUGAAUCACGUUGUUUAUUUAUAAUUGACAGUGAAGGUAAUACAUUAAAAAAUAAUUAUUUAUCAAUAUUUCUACCACAUUUACGUGUUAUACAUACAUGGAAUUAUGUUUUUUCACAAUUACGUGCUUGGUUAUUACAGAACGGUCGUACACAAGCUGAUUAUCAAUUUUAUAAUGCUGAACUUAAAUCAUUAUUAUUAUGUGCUGAUAUGUUAACAUUUACACGUUUAUAUGAUCGUUGCAAAUCAAAUUGGACACAAGAAUUUCGAACUUAUUUUGAACAAAUCAUUUUACCAUUAGUUGAUACUGAUCUUGGUUCAUGGGUAUUAAAAAAAUAUGAUCUAUUCGAUGCUUAUUCAGGUAUUAAAGGACUUGUUUGUGAACCAAUGCAAGCUGUGGCAGCACAAUUACGUGAUUGGCGUGAAUCACGUUUUGAUAGUGGUGCUAUGGCUUUUUAUUGGUUACAAAUGUAUUUUGUUCAACAAAUAAGAAAAUCAUAUUCACGUCUUGGUGGUAUAUAUACAUUAAAACAAGGUAUUUAUGAAAAAUGGGCUAUAACAGCUGUAACAUCCAUAACUGCUCAUGAACCAAUUAAAGCAUUAGUACCAGAAAAAAUUGUUGAACAUGUUCGAGCAAAAGUUAUUAUAUCAUCUGCACAUCAUCCACAUUUACAAGCUAAACGUAGUAAUGAACAACAAAUUUUAACAUUAUCACCAAUUAAAAGACUUAAAACAACAACAACAACAACAACAUAUGAUGGUACACAACAUCAUCAUCAUCAUCAACCAUGUAUUAUUGCAACAACAACAACAACACCACAUCAUGUAACAACAGCUGAUAUCAAAGCAACAUUGCUUGCGGCUGCUGCUGCACAACAACCAAGAACAAUGACUAUACGACGAAUAGCUACAACAACCAGUCCGCAACAACAACAGCAACAGCAACAACAAACAACAUUUCGUCUUACAACAACACCAUCUACAUCCUCUUCACAACAACCACAACAAUUUAUAAUAACAACAGCCGGUACCGCUUUACCACUUUCACAAACCACAACAACAACUACAGGAUUAGUUGAUGAUUCAUCGAUGUAUGAUGAUGGUACAGGUGAUUUAAGUGGAUGUUUAGUAACAACAUCAUCACAAGCAUCGAAUACAUCAACAUCUCAAACACGUUCGUCAUUUGUUCGUCCAGCCCUACCGACCAAUGUUCUUCGAUUGACAGUUGUACGCAAAUGA